CUCUGACCCUUGCUCUGUGGUUGCCAUCUCCCCUCAGUCUCUGCUUUGCGCUCUCUGGUUUUGACCUCUGACUGCGAAUUGCGUGGUCUAUCCCAACCCGAUAUACGACGUUUGAAGAUGCUGGUUAUAAACUGCAAAGGUACCCCACGGGAGAUCGGUCUCGAACACGGCACCAAAGCCGCCACUCAUAUACGUGCCGGUAUCCAGUGCUACCAAACCCAAUUCAUGGAAAUGUCGAACGUAGGGUGGGAGGAAGUGCUCCGCAUUAGUAAGAGGUUCGAACCCGCGAUGCGGGAGAGAUAUCCUUGGCUUAUGGAAGAGAUCGAGGCGAUCGCGGAAGGCGCGGGCGUCUCGUAUCUCGAGAUAAUGGCACUCAACUUCAGGCAAGAGAUCAUAUUCGGCAUGUAUGCGGACGGGUGCACUUCCUUAGGCUGGAAGACGUCUGAGAAGAGCUUCUUGUCUCAGAACUGGGAUUGGUUGAUCGACCAGAAGGACAACGUUAUUGUGCUUAACAUCGACGCGCCUGGGAAGCCGAGGAUAAGCAUGGGAACCGAGGCGGGGAUUAUCGGCAAGAUCGGUCUCAACUCUGACGGGGUCGGUGUAUGCGCCAACGGGAUCCGUGCCAAAGGCGUGGACUAUAACGGCACCCCUGUACACAUCUGUCGCAGGCUUGUGCUCGAAAGCCAGACUCGAGACGAGGCGAUCGCAAAGAUCGAGAAAUACGGAACAGCCGCGGCGGGACAUAUGCUCGUUGGAGACGCUACUGGCUGUAUCGGGUUGGAGUGUACCAUCCAGGGGAUCAAGAAGCUUUACCCCGACUCAAAGGGCCGUAUCAUGCACACCAACCAUCUGUUGGCGGAGCAUGAGGGCGUGGUCGACUAUCAGUGGCUGGAGGACAGCCCUAGGCGUCUUCGCCGGCUGACGGAACUCGCCAACGAGCUAGGCCGCAACCCAACCCAGGUCGAGAUUUCCGAGCUGUUCAAGGACGAGUCCGAUCUACCCUGCGCGAUUAACCGAAUCCCGUCGAAGGAGGAACCGAUGGAGACUUUGUUCAAUAUCGUUAUGGAUCUGACUACCGCUACCGCAGUGCUCAAGUUUGGACGUCCUACUCAGCCUGAUGACGUGCUCAUCCUUGCUCCUUGAGGCGGCGGCGCUGUUGGUCGUGCUGGUUCCGAUACCGAACGGAAUGCUUGGAUUGACACCAUCUGGUUGUCAAUAGAUGACAGGUAGCGGCCGGUGCAAAGUCUUGAGUGGAUGAUUUCUGGUCUAUUCCGAGCAACUGACUCUGUUAGAAUAAGAAAGAAUAGAUGGGUCUUUUACACUACCUCGCUCGGUUUUUCAUUGUCAUCUGGUGCGACUGUUCUCCAACUCUAGGAUCCAUCGCACCUUGCGCACCUCGCUUGGUGAAGAGGCCACCACUGGCUCCCCGGCCACCCAAGAUUCAUAGAAGAUAACGGGUG